AUGAAACCACGUUCAAAGAAAUGUACUUCGGAUUCGGAUUCAGGACCCUCGAUGGCCUACAUCAAAGUUUCAUCAAAACAGCGAAAAGCCUUAGAACCAGUCCAUGUAAGCAAUGACCGAAGUUCCUCAAUUUAAGAUAUGUUAUAGAGAAAAGAGUUUUAUGAUUUUUGACGCAAACCAGGUCAAAAACUAUUGAACCCUCGAUUCUUCUUAUGAGC